AUGUUCGGAUUUGGUGAAUCUUCCCAUCAACAAGUUUAUGGUGAUCAACACGAAGGUAAAUUCUCCCAUGAAUUAAUCGCUGGUGCUGCUUCUUUUGAAGCUGCUAGAAUCUUUGAAAACCGUCAAAGAUCUGAAGGUAAGCCAGUCUCCCACGCUUUUGCUAAAGAAUUAUUAGCUGGUAUUGCUGGUGGUGAAGUUGACAAGUUGGUUGAAACUAAAGGUUUAGACUACUUAGACAGAGAUCAAGCCAGAGCUCAAGCUCAAAGAUCUGUUCAAGAAAACUACGACUCUCACUACGGUCAACAAGAUCAAUGGAGUCCAGAUCAACAACCUCCAUUUGAUUACCAAGACAACAAGUACAACUACUAA